AUGCCCUUUAACACGGCUUUAACGCGCCAACUCGGCAUCCGGGUGCCCGUUGUGCAGGGAGGUAUGCAAUGGGUCGGAUAUGCCGAGCUGGCCUCGGCCGUUAGCAACGCCGGUGGUCUCGGUAUACUCACUGCUCUCACCCAACCAACCCCCGAAGAUCUGCGCAAAGAGAUCCGGAGAUGUCGGACCAUGACCAAGUACCCUUUCGGCGUCAACCUGACCCUCCUGCCGGCCAUGGUGCCUCCAGAUUACGGGGCAUACGCGCAAGUCAUCAUAGAUGAGGGGAUCAAGAUCGUCGAGACAGCCGGCAAUAACCCAGGCCCCGUCAUCGAGCAGCUCAAGAAAGCCAACACAAUCAUCCUGCACAAGUGCACGACCAUCCGGCACGCCAAGUCGGCCGUCAAGCUGGGCGUGGACUUCCUGUCGAUUGAUGGUUUUGAGUGUGCCGGCCACGUCGGUGAGCACGACAUCACCAACUUUAUUCUGUUGAGCCGCGCCCGCCAAGAUCUGGGUGUUCCCUUCAUCGCCUCGGGUGGAUUCGCCGAUGGCCAGGGUCUCGCGGCUGCCUUGGCUCUCGGGGCCGAGGGUAUCAACAUGGGCACUCGCUUCAUGAGCACGAUCGAGGCUCCCAUUCACCACAAGGUCAAGGAGGCCAUCGUGAACGCCCAGGAGACCGAUACCGCCUUGGUGCUCCGCCGGUGGAAGAACACCUCGCGGCUCUUCGCCAACAAGGUGACUCAAGACGCAUUGAAGGUCGAGCGCGAGAGCACGACUGGCGAUUUCAGCGAGAUUGGCCCCUAUGUCAGUGGCAAGCGGGGUCGCCAGGUCUUCAUUAACGGUGACGUUGACUACGGUGUGUGGACUGCUGGUCAGGUCAUUGGUCUGAUCCAUGACAUCCCAACCUGCGCUGUGCUGCUCGACCGUAUCGAGAAGGAGGCCCUGGAGGCCAUGAACCGGACUCAGUCUUUGUACAGCCCGGCUCCUGCUAGCAAGCUCUGA